UUGGGUUCUAUCAAGUUGCGCAUAACUGGGAGGUACAAUUCUUGGACAAAAACUUGGCAUCCUGAUCGACAACUUUUAUAAGAUGACUUUUAAUAUAGCAAAUAUACACACCAUAUGAGAUGGUACAGUGACACCGUGGUUGAUGCUGUUGUCUCGUAGCAAGAAUGUUUGUGAUGGUUCGUUCUUUCUUUGAGGUGUUUGCAUGGUUUCCCUGUGUCAGCGUGGGUUAACUCCCACUGCCCAAAGAGGUGCCGGUUAGGUUAAUUGAGUAUUCUAAAAUGUCCCACCAACUUUUGUACGGAUCGAGUUGUGUAUAGAACAGAGUAUUGUAUGGAUUGGCUGGUUCUCACCAUGAAUAUAGCCGGAGAUGCUGGAAUGGUGUUCAUGAAUAGAACAAACAAACACACCAUAUGAAGCAGAUUAUGCAUGCAGUGGCUAAAAUAAAUUAAAUUCUUUCUCAGACUAAUUUAAUAUGUGGCAGGCAAGGACCCAUAACAUGGCUGGGAUGACCUUAUGUGUCUGACGGAUUACUUGUCUAACCUAAUGAGAUUAUGUUGCAACUGUUAGCAGUGGGUGGAGUUUUGACAACUAGAAAUCACGGGGAACGUCAUGGUAAGCAGGCAUUUCUCUUUAUUUCCCAGACCUUGAUUUCUAUCUGCAAGACUAGUUUGGUGCUUUGCCAUGUUUUAUUGAUUCAGAUAUUGGAUCGGUGGUGGUGUUAGUAUAGGAUAUUUCGUUUAAGGGGUAAUUUUGGGGAUUUUGUCAGGGAAAUUUGUUCAAGAAAUCACUUGUGAUUAGUUUAGUGAGUUAGUUGUCUUCUAAUUCCAGUAGACAUGUCUGACAUUUUAUCUUUAUUUGCAUCUUGGGUUAACUAGAUACAGACGAGUAAAGAUUGUAAAGACUAUUUUUCAAUCAUGGGUGAGGGUGGUAUUUUGAUUUGACUUCGCUAAAAUUACAUAAAACCCCAUUAUUAAGUAUGGUGAAAUACUUUUUUCUUAUAUUAAUUUUGUUUGGUUUGAAUAAUGUAUGGUCAGGCUUUUGUGAACCAACAAGUCAACAACAACAGAACAGAAAACAGUGAGAAUGACUCUGAGGAAGGUACCAGUUCAACACAACUUCAUCUACUCAUUUUGCGUUCAGGUUAUUCUUAAAUAGUUAAAUAAAGUUAAAUAAAAACAAAUGUUUUUUUUGUAAUGCAGGGUCUAGACAAGAAGACCUAAUGACUUUUGAGGAACAGUUUGUUUUGAAAAGACAGGGACCCAACAGGAUACAUCACUCGAUUCCAGCUUUGUGGAAAUUCUUAAAAUAUCUGUAAUUUCUUCCACAGUGUUGACAUGACAGAGGAGGAAUUAGAGGCUACUUUCUCUCAGCUGUCCCUGUCUUUCUGCUGUGAUCAGUACACCUUGUUCAAGCGGCUGGAGGCGGAGGAACAUGCAAGAGACAAGGCUGAGAAUAAUCUCAAACUUGAAGUAGAAAGAGGCAUGGAGAUGCUUCAGACUCUGAAAGGGAUGUGUUUAGACAUCAAGCAGGCCAGUCUUCUCCAGCAGAUUGAACUUUGUCUCAGCAUUAUCGGAAGCACGGUUGGACGGAUCUCUAACUCGGCAGAGGUACUCGGGGCCGUGCAUCAGGAGGUUAAAUCCAGUCUUGCUGUGGAACUGAUGGUGGCUCACGUUCAGAACCUGAAACGUCAUCAUGAGAGGAACAUCACUGAACUGGAGGACAUGAAGAAACAUAUGGAGAAAAGCAACAGAGAGCGACAGGCCUGUGAGCAGAGGGAGGAUACAGAAGCAUUCGGAAAGAUGGAGAAAGAUUCACAGAAGCCACGAUUACGACGCAGAAUCAGUGUAUCUGUCAUCUCAAAGCAAAGCCAGAGACACAAGUUUUUGGAGUCACAAGCCUCAAUUUCAGUGACCAAUGAGGAAUGUGAAGAGAUAGAAUCACAUGCAAACAAACCAGACCAAGCAGUGGGUAAAAGGCAAGAAUUAUUUCCAGAGGACAAUCCCUUACAAACUGCUGAAGCUCCACAGAUAUCUACUGUUUCAUCUCAACCUCACCACAAAAAGAGACACGAGACAGACCCAGUUCAUUUAAACAAAAGUACCAGAUUACUGCUGCCAUCACCUCCUCAAAAGAUGAAGGCGGAUCUGGAGCUGAGCUCUGCUUUGCUGAAGAGAUCUUGUAAGAAAUUACACCGCCCCCUGCUGCAGUGGCUGUAUCACUGUCAAUGGAUAAUCCUGGUCAUCUAUUUGACAGUCCUUUGCUCAUUACUAAUAUUAGCUAUGUUAGUGUGGUUUCUGCAAACACCUGUCUUAUGGAUGUAAAUGCAAACAUAGGAAUAAAUGAUUAUUUGUGAAAUAUCAGUGUUGAAGAAACUGAAAAUAGAGUUUGCGGUUACUUCUUGUUAAAUGUAUAACAGUAAUAAUUACUUUAAUAAACAUAAAUACUUUUAAAAC